CUCCCUCCCUCCCUCCCCUUCCCCCCGGGCGGGCGCCCUCCCUCGCCUCGGCCAGCUGUGCCCGGCGUCUGUUGGCGUCCCCGCUCCCGGCCUUCCAACCAGCCUCCUGCGACCCUGCCGCGAUGGAGCUGCCCCGGCCGGAGCCCGCGCCGAGCUCGGGUCUCAGCCCGACCGGCGUGCGUGGUGGCGCGGAGCGUCCGGACCACCUCCCGGGCCUCCGGCUGGGAGCUCGCGGCUUCUUGGGGUCCCCGGAGCGCGCGGCCGCUUCCUCGCCGGUCACCACCCUCACACAGACCAUGCACGACCUCGCCGGGCUUGGCAGCGAGACCCCAAAGAAUCAGGUAGGGACCCUGCUCUUCCACAGCGGCAGCCGGCUGCCGUGCCCAUCCCUGUCCCGACGACGGGCAUCUGAGUCCUCCCUGUCAUCUGAGUCUUCUGAAGCUUCUGAUGCAGGUCUCUGCAUGGACUCCCCCAGCCCCAUGGACCCCCAGGUGGCAGAACAGACGUUUGAACAGGCCAUCCAGGCGGCUAGCCGAGUCAUUCGGAAUGAGCAGUUCUCCAUCAGACGUAUCCAGUCCAUGCCGGUGAGGCUUCUGGGCCACAGCCCUGUGCUCCGGAACAUCACCAACACCCAAGCGCCGGACAGUUGGAGGCGGAGCAAGGCAGGCAGCAGAGCUGCCAGUAGCUCCGUGGAAGACAAGGAGAACGUGCGUUUCUGGCAGGCCGGGAAGGGAGAACUCCGGGAAGGGGAGAGCACCGCGGUAGCUCUGUGGCAUUUGAUGACUGUCCCCCCACCCCCCCCAUCUUGCCCACAGGAUGGAUUUGUCUUCAAGAUGCCAUGGAAGCUGGCAUUUCCCAGCCACACCCAGGCUAUGGCCGAGUGGGCCAGCCGCAGAGAAGCCUUUGCCCAGAGGCCAAACUCAGCCCCCGACCUGAUGUGCAUCAGCCCUGAGCGGAAGAUGGAAGUGGGAGAGCUGAACCCCCUGCCCCGACGCCGCUCCUCCCUGACCCCCAUGGAGGGGGCUGCUGAGGAAGAUGAUGGAUUUGUGGACAUCCUGGAGAGUGACCUAAAGGAUGAUGAUGAGGUCCCCCCAGGCAUGGAGAGCCUCAUCAGCGCCCCACUGGUCAAGACCUCAGAAAAGGAAGGGGAGCAGGACCUCAUCAUGUACAGCAAGUGCCAGCGGCUCUUCCGCUCUCCGUCCAUGCCCUGCAGGGCCAUCCGGCCCGUCCUCAAGAGGCUGGAGCGGCCCCAAGACAAGGACAUGCCCAUACAGAACAAGCGGAGGAGGAGCGUAACCCUGCCUGAGGAGCAGCAGGAGCCCGAAGAACCUAAGGCCCGAGUCCUCCGCUCCAAGUCCCUGUGUCAUGAUGAGAUCAAGAACAUCUUGGACAGUGACCACCGUGAGCUGAUCGGGGACUACUCCAAGGCCUUUCUCUUACAGACUGUGGAUGGGAAACACCAAGACCUCAAGUACAUCUCACCAGAAACGAUGGUGGCCCUGCUGACGGGCAAGUUUAGCAACAUUGUGGAGAGGUUUGUGAUUGUGGACUGCAGAUACCCCUAUGAGUAUGAAGGCGGCCAUAUUAAGACAGCUGUAAACCUCCCCCUGGAACGGGACGCUGAGAACUUCCUGCUGCAGAGCCCCAUCACAGCCUGUAGCCUGGACAAGAGAGUCAUCCUCAUCUUCCACUGUGAAUUCUCCUCUGAGCGCGGGCCCCGCAUGUGCCGAUUCAUCCGGGAACGAGACCGUGCUGCUAACGACUAUCCCAGUCUCUACUAUCCUGAGAUGUAUAUCCUCAAAGGCGGCUACAAGGAGUUCUUCCCACAGCACCCGACUUUCUGUGAGCCCCAGGACUACCGGCCCAUGAACCAUGAGGCCUUCAAGGAUGAGCUGAAGACCUUCCGCCUUAAGACACGCAGCUGGGCUGGGGAGCGGAGCCGGCGGGAGCUCUGUAGCCGGUUGCAGGACCAGUGAGGAGCUGCAUAGGGCCUGCCUGCCUACUUUGCCUCUGGUGGCCUGGGAGGCUAAGGGCCUCCUGGAGGCCCCAGGUGCCAUCCAGGGGAAGGACUCUGAGGGCGUGGUGUCUGCCUGCCCCCAGCCCUGUCCCCUUGUCUGAGUCCAGUUAUCUUCCAUGUCCUGGUGCUCCCCACCCACACCCGAGCCCCUGUAGAAGAGCCCAGCCUGCUGGGUUAAGUUGGGCUAAGGCUAGCUCAAAGGAAGUAUUUUGUGUCCCACAGGAGCCUUUUUGCUUGUUUUCUUCCUACUUUGAAUUAACCCUUUGUCUUCCUGUGUCCAGAAAAGCCCCCUUCUUUCUAGGGGCUUUGUUUGCAUGUCGGCUGAGGCUAGGGGAAAGCCACGGCCCCCCACCUCCCACAAUGGGCCAGAGCCAAACUCUCCGCCCUUCCCUGGGAGUCAGCACUCCAGCCCCUGCACUUACGGGCCUCCCCUCCUCAGGAAUCAUGGGCUGUUUCUGCUGUUACCCUCUUUUUUUCUCCUUCAUCGACUCGACGGCAGUGGGUCGGUCCCUCCGUACACACACCUACAGCAUAAACUUCUUACUGUCUCCUG